AUGUUGGUGUCAGUGAUCAGUGUUGUGACGCUGGCGACGACGGCCGUGGUGGCGGCCCCACAGAACAGCAACAGGGGAGAGGAAACCAACCAGCAGGAACACCUGGUCCACGCCCCAUCACAAGAGGAGUUAGAGCACCACCACGACGACGACCACCACCACCAUCAUCACGAAGGGCUACAGUGGCUGCGAGACUCCGUCCCAGGUGAACCCGACGUUGACUACCCCAUCUGGUGGAAGAUUCCCAAAACAACCUUCACCUGCCAGGGACGACAACCAGGUUAUUAUGCGGAUGUAGAAACGCGGUGUCAAGUGUUCCACGUCUGCAAGGAUACGGACAGCAAGUCUUUCCUCUGCCCCAAUGGAACCAUCUUUAACCAGGAAUAUUUCACAUGCCAGUGGUGGUUCACAGUCCAGUGCGACAUUUCGGAGGAGUUCUACUCUCUCAAUAACAACAUUGGUGUGGUGGGGGAGAGGCAGGAAGACAGUUAUGGCAGGCGAGUAAGUCAGGUGCCGGAAACACAGACAGUGCAACAAGUACAACAGUCGCAGCAAAUCGCACGGGAAUUGCCUCUUCCACAAGUUACUGAAGUAAGUACCACAGAUGUAAGAGACCACAGAACAUCACAAGUUCAGGAAAAUAUUGACUUUGAAUCUGUAGUAACUGGUGGCAUUCAGCAAGAUUUGGAGCGUGUUCCAGAGACUACUGAAGCUGUGCAACAAGUUCAACACGAAUUUGGAGUUGCUCCUGAAGUGACUGGAGCUUUCCAACAGAAAUUUGAAGAUGCCCAUGAAGUAACUGAGGGUGUUCACCAGGACUUUGGGGUUGCUCUUGAAACUGAAGCAGUUCAACAGGAUCAUGGAGUUGCCUCUAAAGUGGCUGAAGCUGUUCAACAGGACUUUGGAGUUGCUCCUGAAGUGACUGAGGUUGUUCAUCAGGACGUUGGAGAUGCUUUUGAAACUGAAGCAGUUCAACAGGACUUUGGAGUUGGUUCUGGGGCAACUGAGGCUGUUCAACAGGACUUUGGAGUUGCUGAUGAAGUGACUGAAGCUGUUCAACACGGCUUUGGAGUUGGUUCUGAGGCAACUGAGGCUGUUCAUCAGGACUUUGGAGUUGCUCAUGGAGUGACUGAAGCUGUUCAAGACGACUUUGGAGUUGGUUCUGAGGCAACUGAAGCUGUUCAUCAGGACUUUGGAGUUGCUCAUGGAGUGACUGAAGCUGUUCAACAAGACUUUGGAGUUGCUCAUGAAGUGACUGAAGCUGUUCAACAAGACUUUGGAGUUGCUCAUGAAGUGACUGAAGCUGUUCAACACGACUUUGGAGUUGGUUCUGAGGCAACUGAGGCUGUUCAACGGGACUUUGGAGCUGUUCUUGAAAAUGAGGGUGUUCAACAGGACAUUGGAGUUGCUCAUGAAGUGACUGAAGCUUUCCAACAGAAAUUUGGAGUUGCUCAUGAAGUGACUGAAGCUGCUCAACACGACUUUGGAGUUGGUUCUGAGGCAACUGAGGCUGUUCAACAGGACUUUGGAGUUGCUCAUGGAGUGACUGAAGCUGUUCAAGGCGAUUUUGGAGUUGGUUCUGAGGCAACUGAGGCUGUUCAACAGGACUUUGGAGUUGCUCAUGGAGUGACUGAAGCUGUUCAAGACGAUUUUGGAGUUGGUUCUGAGGCAACUGAGGCUGUUCAACAUGACUUUGGAGUUGCUCAUGAAGUGACUGAAGAUGUUCAACACGACUUUGGAGUUGGUUCUGAGGCAACUGAAGCUGUUCAACAGGACUUAGGAGUUGGUCAUGGAGUGAUUGAAGCUGUUCAACAGGACUUUGGAGUUGGUUCUGAGGCAACUGAGGCUGUUCAACAUGACUUUGGAGUUGCUCAUGAAGUGACUGAAGAUGUUCAGCACGGCUUUGGAAUUGGUUCUGAGGCAACUGAAGCUGUUCAACAGGACUUAGGAGUUGCUCAUGGAGUGAUUGAAGCUGUUCAACAGGACUUUGGAGUUGGUUCUGAGGCAACUGAGGCUGUUCAACAUGACUUUGGAGUUGCUCAUGAAGUGACUGAAGAUGUUCAGCACGGCUUUGGAAUUGGUUCUGAGGCAACUGAAGCUGUUCAACAGGACUUAGGAGUUGCUCAUGGGGUGAUUGAAGCUGUUCAACAGGACUUUGGAGUUGGUUCUGAGGCAACUGAAGCUGUUCAACACGACUUUGGAGUUGAUUCUGAAGUGACGGAAACUUUCCAACAGAAAUUUGGAGUUGCUCAUGAAGUGACUGAAGCUGUUCAACACGACAUUAGAGUUGGUUCUGAGGCAACUGAAGCUGUUCAACAAGAUUUUGGAGUUGGUUCUGAGGCAACUGAGGCUGUUCAACACGACUUUGGAGUUGGUUCUGAGGCAACCGAGACUGUUCAACAUGACUUUGGAGUUGCUCAUGAAGUGACUGAAGCUAUUCAACAGGACGUUGGAGUUGGUUCUGAGGCAACUGAAGCUGUUCAACAAGACUUUGGAGUUGGUUCUGAGGUAACUGAGGCUGUUCAACACGACUUUGGAGUUGGUUCUGGGGCAACCGAGACUGUUCAACAUGACUUUGGAGUUGCUCAUGGAGUGACUGAAGCUAUUCAACAAGACUUUGGAGUUGAUUUUGAGGCAACUGAAGCUGUUCAACAAGACUUAGGAGUUGGUUCUGAGGCAACUGAGGCUGUUCAACACGACUUUGGAGUUGGUGCUGGGGCAACCGAGACUGUUCAACAAGACUUUGGAGUUGGUCAUGGAGUGACUGAAGCUGUUCAACAAGACUUUGGUGUUGGUUUUGAGGCAACUGAAGCUGUUCAACAAUACUUUGGUGUUGGUUUUGAGGCAACUGAGGCUGUUCAACAAGACUUUGGAGUUGGUUCUGAGGUAACUGAAGCUGUUCAACAAGACUUUGGAGUUGGUUUUGAGGCAACUGAAGCUGUUCAACAAGACUUUGGAGUUGGUUCUGAGGCAACUGAGGCUGUUCAACAAGACUUUGGAGUUGGUUCUGAGGCAACUGAAGCUGUUCAACAAGACUUUGGAGUUGCUCAUGGAGUGACUGAAGCUGUUCAACAAGACUUUGGUGUUGGUUCUGAGGCAACUGAAGCUGUUCAACAAGACUUUGGAGUUGCUCAUGAAGUGACUGAAGCAGUUCAACAUGACUUUGGAGUUGGUUCUGAGGCAACUGAAGCUGUUCAACACGACUUUGGAGUUGCUCAUGAAGUGACUGAAGCAGUUCAACAUGACUUUGGAGUUGGUUCUGAGGCAACUGAAGCUGUUCAACAAGAUUUUGGAGUUGGUUCUGAGGCAACUGAGGCUGUUCAACGUGACUUUGGAGUUGCUCAUGAAGUGACUGACGCAGUUCAACAUGACUUUGGAGUUGGUCUUGAAACUGAGGGUAUUCAACAGGACUUUGGAGUUGCUCAUGAAGUGACUGAAGCUAUUCAACAGGACGUUGGAGUUGGUUCUGAGGCAACUGAAGCUGUUCAACACGACUUUGGAGUUGCUCAUGAAGUGACUGAAGCAGUUCAACAUGACUUUGGAGUUGGUUCUGAGGCAACUGAAGCUGUUCAACAAGACUUUGGAAUUGGUUCUGAUGCAACUGAGGCUGUUCAACGUGACUUUGGAGUUGCUCAUGAAGUGACUGACGCAGUUCAACAUGACUUUGGAGUUGGUCUUGAAACUAAGGGUAUUCAACAGGACUUUGGAGUUGCUCAUGAAGUGACUGAAACUUUCCAACAGAAAUUUGGAGUAGCUCAUGAAGUGACUGAAGCUGUUCAACACGACUUUGGAGUUGGUUCUGAAGCAACUGAGGCUGUUCAACACGACUUUGGAGUUGGUCUUGAAACUGAGGGUGUUCAACAGGACUUUGGAGAAGCUUAUGAAGUGACUGAAGCUGUUCAACACGACUUUGGAGUUGGUUCUGAGGCAACUGAGGCUGUUCAUCAGGACUUUGGAGUUGGUCUUGAAGCUGAGGGUGUUCAACAGGACUUUGGAGUUGGUCUUGGAGUGAUUGAAGCUAUUGAACACGAAUUUGGUGUUGGUCUUGAAGCUGAGGGAGUUCAACAGGACUUUGGAGUAGCUCAUGAAGUGACUGAAGCUGUUCAACACGACUUUGGAGUUGGUCUUGAAGCUGAGGGUGUUCAACAGGACUUUGGAGCAGCUCAUGAAGUGACUGAAGCUGUUCAACACGACUUUGGAGUUGGUUCUCAGGCAACUGAGGCUGUUCAACAAGACUUUGGAGUUGCUCAUGAAGUGACUGAAGCUGUUCAACACGACUUUGGAGUUGCUCAUGAUGUGACUGAAGCUGUUCAACACGAUUUUGGAGUUGGUUCUGAAGCAACUGAGGCUGUUCAACAAGACUUUGGAGUUCCUCUUGGAGUGAUUGAAGCUGUUCAACAGGACUUUGGAGUUGCUCAUGAAGUGACUGAAGCUGUUCAACAUGACUUUGGAGUUGGUCUUGAAGCUGAGGGUGUUCAACAGGACUUUGGAGUUGGUCUUGAAGCUGAGGGUGUUCAACAGGACUUUGGAGUUGCUCAUGAAGUGACUGAAACUUUCCAACAGAAAUUUGGAGUUCCUCAUGAAGUGACUGAAGCUGUUCAACACGACUUUGGAGUUGGUUCUGAAGCAACUGAGGCUGUUCAACAGGACUUUGGAGUUGGUCUUGAAGCUGAGGGUGUUCAACAGGAAUUUAGAGUUCCUUUUGGAGUGAUUGAAGCUGUUCAACACGAAUUUGGUGUUGGUCUUGAAGCUGAGGGAGUUCAACAGGACUUUGGAGUUGCUCAUGAAGUGACUGAAGCUGUUAAACACGAUUUUGGAGUUGGUUCUGAAGCAACUGAGGCUGUUCAACAAGACUUUGGAGUUCCUCUUGGAGUGAUUGAAGCUGUUCAACAGGACUUUGGAGUUGCUCAUGAAGUGACUGAAGCUGUUCAACAGGACUUUGGAGUUGGUUCUGAGGCAACUGAAGCUGUUCAACACGACUUUGGAGUUGGUUCUGAGGCAACUGAGGCUGUUCAACACGACUUUGGAGUUGGUCUUGAAACUGACGGUGUUCAACAGGACUUUGGAGUUGCUCAUGAAUUGACUGAAGCUGUUCAACACGACUUUGGAGUUGGUCUUGAAGCUGAGGGUGUUCAACAGGACUUUGGAGUAGCUCAUGAAGUGACUGAAGCUGUUCAACACGACUUUGGAGUUGGUUCUCAGGCAACUGAGGCUGUUCAACAAGACUUUGGAGUUGCUCAUGAAGUGACUGAAGCUGUUCAACACGACUUUGGAGUUGGUUCUGAAGCAACUGAGGCUGUUCAACACGACUUUGGAGUUGCUCAUGAAGUGACUGAAGCUGUUCAACACGACUUUGGAGUUGCUCAUGAUGUGACUGAAGCUGUUCAACACGACUUUGGAGUUGGUUCUGAAGCAACUGAGGCUGUUCAACACGACUUUGGAGUUGGUCUUGAAACUGAGGGUGUUCAACAGGACUUUGGAGUUGCUCAUGAAGUGACUGAAGCUGUUCAACACGACUUUGGAGUUGGUUCUGAGGCAACUGAGGUUGUUCAACAGGAAUUUGGAGUUGCUCCUGAAGUGACUGAAAAUUUCCAACAGAAAUUUGGAGUUCCUCAUGAAGUGACUGAAGCUGUUCAACACGAAUUUGGAGUUGGUCUUGAAGCUGAGGGUGUUCAACAGGACUUUGGAGUUGCUCAUGAAGUGACUGAAGCUGUUCAACACGACUUUGGAGUUGGUUCUGAGGCAACUGAGGCUGUUCAACACGACUUUGGAGUUGGUCUUGAAACUGAGGGUGUUCAACAGGACUUUGGAGUUGCUUAUGAAGUGACUGAAGCUGUUCAAUACGACUUUGGAGUUGGUUCUGAGGCAACUGAGGCUGUUCAACAGGAAUUUGGAGUUGCUCCUGAAGUGACUGAAAAUUUCCAACAGAAAUUUGGAGUUCCUCAUGAAGUGACUGAAGCUGUUCAACACGAAUUUGGAGUUGGUCUUGAAGCUGAGGGUGUUCAACAGGACUUUGGAGUUGCUCAUGAAGUGACUGAAGCUGUUCAACACGACUUUGGAGUUGGUUCUGAGGCAACUGAGGCUGUUCAACACGACUUUGGAGUUGGUCUUGAAACUGAGGGUGUUCAACACGACUUUGGAGUUGCUCAUGAAGUGACUGAAGCUGUUCAACACGACUUUGGAGUUGGUUCUGAGGCAACCGAGGCUGUUCAACAGGACUUUGGAGUUGCUCCUGAAGUGACUGAAACUUUCCAACAGAAAUUUGGAGUUCCUCAUGAAGUGACUGAAGCUGUUCAACACGACUUUGGAGUUGGUUCUGAGGCAACUGAGGGUGUUCAACAGGACUUUGGAAUUGCUCAUGAAGUGACUGAAGCUAUUCAACAUGACUCUAAAGCAAAUCAUGAAACUCUCCCACAGUCUCAUCAGUUGUUUGAUCUUGUGUCAAACCUGGUAUCAGAUAUACGAAAAGUCCAACAGGACUUUGGAAUUAUUCCUAAAACGACUGAAACCGUCCAACAAGUUCAACAGGAGCAGACCGUAAAGGAGAGACAGCCUGAGGCUCUCAGACCUUCCAUCACACUGCCCGAACCGGAGCAAGAGACACCCCACUUCCCCGUCUUUCCUGAGGUGAUCAACGAGGCUGAUUUUAGUGGAGUAUUGCCGGUUGUAGAGGAGUCACUUGUGGAACAAGAGUUUGUCGCUCCCGGUGUGUCCCAGCUAACCCCAAGUGAAGCAUCCACCCCUGAAGGUUUACCUCAAGGGCAGAUACAUCCCUCCUUAACUGAGCACCUGCCAGUAGAGGAAAACAUACACUCUGACAGAAAACCCACAUCUUCACCUAUUGUAUCUGAUUCAUCAGCCCUUCUCCCAGUGGAAGACGAACCGGGGCUUCAGGAGAGUGUAAAAGACGAUGUAGCAUUGGUCGGUCCACUCCUCUCCACGUUCCCAGCCACAUUUACUAAUGAAACGAUCGACCGAGUGGUCCAGCAGCAGUCUGACGUCCAACAAAAUGACUCUAUUCCUGAAAAUGUAUUUGGUCAGAAAGAUCAACAGGAAAAAGCUGGGGAAGCUAAUUUAGUUCCACUGGAUGUUAUCGACCACAGAGUUGAAGAGCAGAAUCUACAUACAUCCUUUGAUCUGACGGAUGAGACCACAAUUACACCUGAUUUUUCAGGUGCUGAUCUUUUCACGGACAAUUUGAUUCACUGUACAGACUUCUCUUGCACAAGCACACAGCAAGGAGGUGAAGACAGGCCUUUGGAAGCUAUACAACCUGUGCAGCCUUCUGUCUCUCUCGUAUUCCCUGGUGCUGAGGAGACAGCACAGGCUAAUGCUUUACCACAAAGCACUGUUGAAACCACAGAUAAUGCAGAAGUUGAAGUAACAACGGAGCCAGUUACUGAUGUUCCACAAUUAAAUGGCGAAGUGGUCGAGGAAAAAUUCAGUUUUGGUGAGCCUCAAGAACAUGUAUUUGAAGUAGAACUGCCACAGAGAUUUAUGGAAUCUCAUGCGAUUAAUGACAACGAGGGUGGUGUCUCUCUCUUCUUUGAGGUACUUACGGAAUCACCAGAGAUACUCAAUGUGACUGAACUACCUCUGUUACCGGAAACUACAAAUGAAGAAGCUGGUGAACAAGAUUCAUCCACUCCAAAUGUAACCCACACGAUCCAGCCCGCCGAGAACGAGAUUAUUCAUGAUAACCUUGUACUUGAACCCCUUGCUGUACCACAGCCAGAGCUUACUCCUACAGUUCUCUCCCAGGAUACUGCAUUUACUGCCCCUGAGUCAGUGAAUGAAUUUCACCUGGUCCCUGUCGAUCAGCAAGGGGCUGGAGAGGCCCUCGCACACCGUGAACACGCCGUCUUAAUUUCUGAACACGAAGAAACUACUCUCAUUUCCUCACCUCAGGAAACUACAACUUUUCCUACAUCCCAGGAUGACGUAACUUUACCAUCAGAGGAUGCUAUGCUUCUUCCUCUAACUCAGGAAGAAACAACAGAUGUCCCGGUCGACCUAGAAGAGAGCACAACAUCCCCGCCUGUCGGACAAGAAGAACAUUCCUUAUUCAUCGCUGUCAACGAAGACCGUGCAGCAUUUCCCCCUGCCAGCCAAGACGAAGGCAUCAUUUUCAACUUUGUACGCCAGGAAGAGAGCUCCACAGUUCAAUCUGCUAACCAAGAAGAUGUCGCCACUUUCCCUGCCAUCAGUCAAGACACAGACACAGUAUUCACAUUCUUCCCAGGAGAUGAAGUCUUUGCACAACCCGAUGAGAAAGUAUCUUCCUCACUCUUUCCCUCUGGACCCCACGAGGUAAACAAUUUGUUCCAGGAUGAGUCUAGUAUCUCCUCCCAGUUGCCACAAGCAUCACAACCAUUCCAUAAAGCUGCCGAGGUCGUGGAUGUUCCUCAGCUCUUCUUCCCACAGAUCAGGUUCCCGCCCCUAGUCCCUGGUCUCUACCUGCCGCCGCACGCAUAGCUCCCUCGCUAGCUCCUUCCACACUGAUAUAUCUCAUUCUUUAUUUCCCGAAAACAUAUUUAUAAUGAUCGUGUCUGUGUGUGUGUGUUUGUGUGUAUGUCAAUAUAGCAUUGCUCAAUAUAUGUCUAAAGGUGCGUGAGGUUGGUUCUACAUGUAAAAGUCAUGGGGGAAUGUUGUGUAACUGGUGUUUUCUUCCCAUAGUUGCCAAGAUGAGGUAGGCGCUAAAAAAAUUAGUAGUGUUCUGAGUGAUAAUUUUGUUUGUACUUAAGUAACCAAAGAAUAAUGGACGAUACUUUAUAGAUUAGGAAAUAAAAAAUCCUUCAUACA